AUGGCACAAAAAUCAUUCAGAAUUACUGUCCUGCCUGGCGAUGGAAUUGGCCCGGAAGUAGUCGAUCAAGCUAUUCGUGUGCUGCAAACGGUCUCGGAUGCCUCUCAGGAUGUUGAUCUGAGACUGGAGACCCAUUUGUUCGGCGGUUGUGCCAUUGAUGCUACAGGGGAGGCCUUGCCAGCCUCGACAUUGACCGCCUGCAAAGAGGCAGAUGCUAUUCUCAUGGGAUCAAUCGGUGGCCCUAAGUGGGGCGUUGAUUCUAAAGUUAGACCUGAACAAGGCCUUCUCCAGCUUCGCAAGGAACUCGGAGUCUACGCCAAUAUCCGCCCUGCAAAGUUUGCCUCGGAUUCACUCUUGGAAAACACGCCGCUCAAGUCUCAUAUCGCCAAGGGGGUCGAUAUCAUUGUCAUCCGUGAACUGAUUGGCGGCAUCUACUUCGGCAAACGCAAGGAGCUUGGUGUCGCGCCGGACGAGGAUGUUGCUUGGGAUACCAUGCCAUAUAGUGUCCAUGAAGUUCAGCGCAUCACCCGAGUAGCUGCCCAAAUCGCCCUUGUCGCAGAUCCACCCCUCGAGAUACACUCAAUCGAUAAAGCGAAUGUCCUGGCGAGCUCACGGUUAUGGAGGAAGGUCGUCACAGAGACGAUACAGAACGAAUUCCCACAGCUCAAGUUGGACCACCAUUUGGUCGAUUCAGCUGCUAUGGUCAUGGUCGCUAACCCAAGGAAGCUAAACGGUAUCGUCUUGACUGAGAACCUUUUCGGAGACAUUUUAUCAGAUCAGUCAAGUAUCAUACCAGGUUCAUUAGGCCUACUCCCGUCAGCAUCUCUGGCCAGCGCACCCUCUUUACCGUCUUCGCCCAAUUUCAAGCCCGUUUCUGGUCUCUAUGAACCAAUCCAUGGAUCAGCACCAGAUAUCGCUGGAAAGGGCAUCGCCAACCCUAUAGGCACCAUCCUCAGCGCAGCGAUGCUUCUCAGAUACUCAUUAGGCCUGGAUAAACAAGCCACGGAUGUUGAAACCGCCGUUCGCAAGGUCCUCGACGAUACCGAGUCUGGGGGUCAUGGUCUACGGACAGCGGAUCUAGGAGGCAAGACGUCCACAAAAGAAAUGGGCGACAAAAUCGUGGAGGUAUUGCAAGGCCUACUGAAAGCCUAA